AUAAAAAGGGGAAAAUCAGCACCCAAAAUAAAUUUUUAAAAAAACUUCGAACUUUUUCUAGGCUCUUCAUUUUUCAUUUCUGCAUAAUUUUAAUUUAUGCGCCUUAAGCUUUUGUGGCGGUUUGAAAACUGGGUGAAGUUUUGCCGAUUUUCACAAAAACUCCAGAGAGAGGCAUCCCUCCCAAUAAUACCAAUAGCAAUAUCCACAUCCCGCGCGUACAAAUAAAAAGCUUACUGGUCUCAGUGGAAGAAAUAAAGAAAAAACGAAUACCAACGGAGUUCAUGGAAGAAGAAACCCUAAACCCUCAAUCAAAGACUCUUACUUCUGAAGAUGACAACAAUGGAGACCAACCCAUGCCCGACCUCCCUGACCAAGACCCUAGCUCCUCUGAUUCCGACUCUGAUUCUGGCUCAGAGGACGGAGAUCAAGCCCAGAAAAACCUGCAGCUCCAAACCCUAGAAGCCGAGCUCUCCACCAACCCUGGCAACUACGAUGCUCAUGUCCAAUACAUAAAGACUCUGAGGCAGAUAGCUGACAUUGAAAAGCUGAGGCAAGCAAGGGAAGCUAUGAAUGAGCUGUUUCCGUUAACCCCUUCUAUGUGGCAGGAUUGGGCUAAGGACGAAGCUUCUCUGUCCACUGGGUCUGAUGCUUUUCCUGCUAUUGAAAAGCUUUAUGAGCGAGGAGUCUUUGAGUAUCUGUCCAUCUCUCUUUGGCGUGACUACUUAGAUUUUGUUCAAGAAAAUGAUCCCUCAGUAAGAGAAUGUUCACCUGCUGGUAUUUUGAAGGCAAGAGAUCUAUUUGAACGCGCUCUUACUGCAGCUGGUUUGCAUGUUUCUGAAGGCAGUAAACUAUGGGAAGCCUACAGGAAAUUUGAGCAAGCUAUAUUAGAUGCUACUGAUGAGACUGAUAAUCAGGCAAGAGACAAGCAGAUUCAGCGCAUCCGUACUAUAUUCCACCGUCAGUUGUCAGUUCCCCAUGUUAAUAUGAGGUCAACACUUUUGGAUUACAAGGCAUGGGAGGUGGAACAAGGGAACAUUCUUAAUGCUGGCUCAAGUGACCUGGAUGGGAUUUCAUCCCAUGUUGCCUCAGCAUACAAAAGGGCGUUGGAAAUGUAUAAUGCUCGUGUUCAUCUUGAAGAGCAGAUUUGUCGUCCGGAUAUGUCUGACUCAGAAAAACUUCAAAAUUUCAUGAACUACUUGAAAUUUGAACAGUCUUCUGGAGAUCCAUCCCGGGUUCAGAUGUUGUAUGAACGCGCUAUUACGGAAUUUCCUAUAUCCAGCUAUCUCUGGCUUGAUUAUACCCACUAUUUGGAUAAAACAUUAAAGGUUGGAAGUAUUAUAACCAACGUGUAUUCCAGGGCUGUAAAGAAUUGCCCCUGUGUUGGAGAACUUUGGGUCCGAUAUUUGCUUUCCUUGGAGCGUGGGCAUGCUUCUGAGAAAGAGAUUGCUGCUGUGUUUGAGAAGUCCCUGCAAUGCAUUCUAACCCUUGAUGAGUUCCUGGAUUUGUACCUCACCCGCAUAGAUGGCUUAAGAAGAAGAAUCUCAUGCCCUGUUGAAGGAGAGAGCGUCUUGGAUUAUUCAUUAAUAAGGGAAACCUUUCAGAAUGCAUCAGACUACUUUUCACAAUACCUGAAGAACACGGAUGGUUUGUUACGUUUGCAUGCUUAUUGGGCCCGUCUAGAGCUAAAUCUGCAUAAGGACUUACAGGCAGCUCGUGGAGUGUGGGAAAGUUUACUUAAGAUAUGUGGUUCAAUGCUGGAAGCCUGGCAAGGUUAUAUAACAAUGGAAGCUGAAUUGGGCCAUGUGAGUGAAGCUCGGUCUCUAUAUAGGAGAUGCUACAGUAAAAGAUUUCCAGGAACUGGUUCAGAGGACAUCUGCUACUCAUGGUUACGCUUUGAGAGGGAGUUUGGUUCGUUGGAUGAUUUUGACCGUGCAGUACAGAAGGUCACUCCUCGCCUGGAAGAGCUUCAAUUAUUUAGGUCACAGCAAGAGUCCAAAUUGACAGAAGAGGGGGAGAAUUCUUCCAAGAAGAAUGUUCGUGACAAGAGAAAGCAAGUUUCAGAGAUACCUGAUGAACAUUAUCCAGCAAAGAGGCAGAAAGAUGCAUCUCAAAAGCCAAAGAAAGCACAUGGGAAGGAUUCUGAUGUUCUGAACCCAGGUGAACAAACAGUGGAAAAGAUCAAACCUAAGGGUGACAAACCGGAUAUACAAAAUGAGCAACGGAUGAAAGAGCGUGUUCCAGAGAAAACAAAAGUAUAUGCUGACCAGUGCACUGCAUUUGUAUCAAAUAUUAACCUUAAGGCAAAUGAUGACCAUCUGCGUCAAUUCUUCAGUGAUGUUGGGGGAGUGGUUGCUAUUAGAUUACUGCAUGAUAAGUUCAGUGGAAAGUCAAGGGGACUGGCAUACGUGGAUUUCUCAGAUGAUGCACACCUCGUUGCAGCUGUAGCAAAAAAUAAGCAGAUGCUUCUUGGGAAGAAGCUGAGCAUUGCACGAUCAGAUCCAAAGCAUGGGAAAAAAGAACAUGCCAGGGGAUCUGAGUCUAGAGAAUCUGCUGAGACCUCCAAUGGACCUAGGGCACAUCAGGCACUGCAGUCUAGUCAUAACCGCGGAAGCGACAAUGUGCAACUGAGGGGUAGGAACACAUUUGCAAUUCCCAGGAAUGUCCUUGCACUUGGUCAGACUGCAAAUAAACCAAAAACUGAAGAACAAGGUGAAGAAAAACCAAAAUCCAAUGAUGAGUUCAGAAAUAUGUUCCUCAAAGGCUAGAGCUUUGUUAUUGGGUUCAAUCAUGGCAACUCUCUUUUUCAAAUGCUUUUUGGACACAAUAUGACAAAGGAAACACAUGUCUUCAUAAUCAAGAAAAUAUCAAGGGACAAAAUGACUGGGAUCUAAAUGAAUUUGAUCCAAUACAUGCAGAAAAGAAAUAUAUUGGGUUGAGAGCCUUAUUUUGGUUAUUGUAGGUAUAAAUGAAUUGGAUUAUCUGUUACUGGUUACAGAAUGUAUAUGAGGUCUAAUUUUCCUUACAAAUGUGUACACUAGAUGGUUGCUUAUUGUAGCCAUGAUUCAGGUCCUUACUCUGCAUUUACUUGGAUUGUAAUUGUAGCAUGAUCCUUAUAAACUCUUGUCCUUUGGGCUUGUACCUCAAAUUCUGGAUGACCAAACAGUUUGAAACAUCUGAAUAUAUCUUCCGGAAGAAUUUUGUUUUGUACCAGCACAA